AUGUUUUUUUUUGCUGCUAAUGUAGCAAUGCAGCUGUAUCACCAUCCGUAUUCACUGGACAGUCAGAAGGUGCGGAUAGCCCUGGAAGAGAAGGGUAUUGACUACACAUCAUAUCAUGUCAAUCCACUAACAGGGAAAAACAUGAAUGUGACCUUCUUCCGAAUGAACCCUUCAGCGAAGCUCCCUGUCUUCCAAAAUGGCGCUCAUGUCAUUUUCCGCGCCAUCGAUAUCAUUCAGUACAUAGACAGACUCGCGGUGCACUUAAGCGGCGAAAUCCAGCCUGUGAAUACUGAGGUUCUCCAGUGGAUGCAGAAAGUUGAUGGUUGGAAUCCUAAGAUGUUCACACUAACUCACACCCCGCUAAAGUACCGUGCAUUUGUCUCCAAGUUCAUACGCCGGGUGCUGAUUGCUCGGAUGGCUGAAGCCCCAGAUUUAGCUAGCAUGUACCAUGUCAAGCUCCGUGAUGGUUAUGAGACCGAAGACAGACUGAAGGACCCCGAGACUAUGCGGCAAAGUGAGGAAGAGCUGAGCAAACUCCUGGAUGAUGUUGAGGCACAGCUUAACAAGACCAAAUAUCUCGCUGGCGAUGAAUUCUCACCGGCUGAUUCGAUGUUCAUUCCCAUUCUUGCACGAAUAGCCCUUCUUGAUCUGCAUGAGGAAUACAUCAGUAGCAGGCCCAGGGUCCUAGAGUACCACACAUUGGUCAAGCAGAGGCCAAGCUACAAGGUUGUAAUUGGGAAGUACUUCAAUGGGUGGAAGAAGUACCAUACUCUCUUCAGGACCUCGUUCUUCCUUUGUGUUCGAACCUUGUUCCGAAAAUACUAA